AUGGCCAUGAGGGCUCUUCCGCUGACCCCUUCCAAGAGCUCCUCGUUUGGAGCUCACCAAAUCAGGCCAAGCAGUGGUGUCCCCAGAUCAGUUAGAGCUUAUGCAAAGGGAAAUGAGGAGGAGGGCAACAAGCAGUCGCUGUUCGGAAGCAUCACCGAGGCGCUGGACUUCUCGCAGGUCCGGUCGGAGAAGGAUGCCGAGCUGCUGUAUGAGGCCAGGGAGUCCACCAAAGCUGGAGGGAUGAUGACGAGGGAACAGUAUGGAGCACUGAGGCGGAAGAUUGGUGGCACCUACCAGGAUUUCUUCAAGUCAUAUGUUGAUGUCGAUGGACAGUACGUGGAGGAAGGUUGGGUCGAUAAGACCUGCAAGAUCUGCAAGAAGGACACAAGGGGUGAGCCAAGGCAGGUUGACAAACUAGGAAGAUAUGCUCAUGUGGCAUGCUUGGAGAACCCAAAACCAACAAACUUCUUUGCCAAAAUCUUCGCCAGAUGA